AUGAAGACAAGAAGACGAAAUUAUAACAACGAUAAAAAGGAAGAUAGAAUCAGUGAUUUACCAGAUGGCCUUAUUCUUCACAUACUCUCCUCUUUGAAAGUCAAACAAACCGUUCAAACUUCUAUUCUCUCCAAAAGAUGGAAAAAUCUAUGGAAGCAUCUUCCCACCCUUACACUAACUUCUUCACACUUUAAGACUCUCAAAGCUUUCACAAAAUUCGUGACUCCUCUUUUGUCUCUUCGCAAUGUCCCGACCUCACUGCACACUCUCAAAUUUAUCUACAACGGGACCAUAGAUCCUCGCCUCUUUGAAAAGAUUUUAAAUUAUGCUGUUUCACAUAACGUCAAUGAAUUACAGCUCAAAGGCACUUGUGAUAUUCAACAAUUGCCAUCUUGUUUCUUUUCAUGUAACACAUUAACAUCUCUUCGCUUUAAAGUUUCCCCUAAAACUUUGAGCAAGAGAAUAUUAUUUCCGAAUUCUCUGAAUUUGCCAUCAGUGACCAGCUUGUAUCUAUGGCUUGUCUCCUUUCGUGGCGGAGAUGAUCCUUUUUCGGGGUUUACUAAGUUGAAUAGUUUGAUGCUUUCUGAUUUUAAAAUUCUUGGGGAACAAAAUCUAUCCAUAUCAAGUACCACGCUGGACAAAUUAGAAAUAGAAAUGAUGUUUCUUUUUGAAAAUUACUACAAAAUUGAGUUAUCUACUCCAAAUCUAAAUAUGUGUAUGAAUCUUGAAAUGGAUUCCCCGGCUAUACUUAGUUGGCUGAUGGAGCUUACUGAUAUUGAAUCAUUGGCAAUAUCUUCAACUACUCUUCAGGUUCUCUCCUUAGUUCCUGAUUUAUUGAAGGUUAAGCUACCUUCCUUGUGUAACUUGAAGUCAUUAAGAGUAAAAAUGAAACGAAUUUCAUAUUCAUUAUUCAAGGAGCAGCUGCCAACCAGGUCGAAGGAAGAAUUUGCCAAGUUAAAAGAAUCAUUUAAAAAGGGUAGUUCGUCCAUACCUGAUGGAAUAGUCGACUUUUUGCUUCAAAACUCACCUUCAGCUGAAGUUCUUAUCAUUAAUUAG